UAACGGAAACAUCAACGUGAAAGCGAGACGGACGCCCUCCGUCCCGUUAUAUGCUGUGUCUGUCUGUCUGUGUGUUGAGAGUUCUACGUCGCGCACUCCAAAAAAGAAAUACAAAAUAACAAUACAAGAACAUUAGCACUCACACACACUGGCACACACACACACACAAGCAUACAUUAAUAUAUAUAGUUGAAAAAAAUAUAUCAAAUAAAAAACAAGUGCAAGAAAAGAGAAAAGCGCCCAAUGCGGCCAAUGGAAAUGCCAAAGAAAAUGCAGCAGCUACAAAUUCGACAACAAAUGCAAAUUCUACAACAACAACAGCAGAAGAAGCAGCAGCAACAACAUCAACUGCAAUUUCCCAACACAUAAGUCCACCGAAUUUUUCGUCUUUGUCGCGCGCGCUCACACACAUACACACUCAACUUGCACACACACACACACACGGAGACACAUGCAUGUGCAUAAAUGGCAAUAUGGACGAACAGCAGCAGCAUUUGCGUUGUAUACCAACACAGUGACACGCGCGUGCCAAAUAUUGCCGAUUUUAUCACACAAGCAACAACAACAUCAGCGGGACCAGCUAUUAACUAAAGGAGCCAUUACAACAACAAUAACGGAAUCCAGCAAAGUAACAGCAACAGCAAGUACAACAAGAGAAACGAACAUUGCUGGAAGGCGUCGCAAAAUAUCAAAAUGUCAAUUCAGAAGCUAAACGACACCACCAACUCGGGCUACGUGAGUUCCGAGGAGACGGACUCGCUGCUGGUGAGCAGCUCGAAUCCAUCGAAGGGCGGCGGUCGGACGGCUCUGCUCCGCCAGGUGAAGAGUAGCUCCACAAAUGGGCCAACGACGGGGGCGUCCACCUCAUCCUCGGGAUCGGUAUCGGGCGGGGGCGGUGGAUCCGGUUCCGGUGGCGGCUCAGCAUCAGGCUCAGCAGCCGGGGCUUCCAAGCCAACGCUAAUGCGUCAGGAUCGUACUUCCACCUACCUGACCAGUCCGCAGCAGUCGCAGCACGCGAGGAUGGGUUCCGAGGAGAGUAUGCGCGGUGGCAGCGGUGCCGCCGGCCAUGACGAGGAUGUGGAACAGGGCCUGGUCCGCAGCAGCAUAGUGCCUGAUAUCGAAGUACACGAAGAGGACCAAGAACAACACAGCCAACAGGCAACGAUGACCAAUAAUCAAUUGCAACAGCAGCAGCAGCAGCAGCAGCAGCAGCAGCAGCAGCAGCAGCAGCAGCAACAGCAACAGCAACCGACCAUAUCAAUUAUGAAUUUAAGCCUCAAGCCCGGCGAUAGCCACAGCCACAGCCACAGCCAUAGCCACAGCUCCAGUCCGGGCAGUCAUCCGAAUUUGGGCACCUCAUCAUAUCAGAAUCUGGCCUCGAGCAUACCGCCCAGCGUGCCAAGUCGCUGCCGGGCGUGCCGCAAUUGCAGCCGACGUGCUUCCACCACGCCCACCACGCUGAUCGAUCGCUCCGCCUCCCGCGACAGUGUGAAAAGUGCCUUCCAGCAGGGCAAUCUCAGCGGCUCCAUGGCCAUUUGCAUAUCAAACUCGGCCCUGCCCCAGCAGCAGCAGCAGCAGCAGCAACAGUAUCACCUGCAACAGCAGCAGCAGCAGCACUAUCAGUUGCAGCAACACCAUCUGCAUCAGCAGCAUCUGCAGCAGCAACAGCAGCAGCAGCAGGUGCCGCCUGUGCUAAUCACAUCAUCGCCAACGAACGGAUCACGGAUAAUACGGCAAAGCUCACAGCCGGAAUCGAGCAGUACGGCCAUUUGCUGUGGCCCCCAUUCCGCCUGCGUCGGCCACGCCCACUCGCACUCGCAUACGGUGCCGAAUGUCUCGCUGAAGCAACUGCGCGAGAGCUCCGGCGAUGGAAUCGCUGGCAUUGCAGCCGACUCCCUGCGGAUCAAUGGGGGCAUGCGGCCCUUCAAGCAGGGCGUUCUUCUAAUGCCUCGCACCUUGUCCGAAAGCCGAAAGUUGCGCCUUCGAAGGGCCUUCACCGAGGCCACUAACGAAACACUUCAAUGCUCCAAAAUGCUCCGCAAACCGGCGUCGACACUCUCAAUUCCUGGCUCGAUGAAAACACCUUCCAUUGCGAACCGGGAACAGAUCUCAUCUGGAUGCAACGAAGAAGCGGCCGAGGCACUAGUGGGUAUCCACUCAGACUACCCUAGGUAUAUGGAAGAACGUGCUCUUACUGGCGGCAAUACGUCCAGGAAGCCAUCAACAAACUCGGCCAAACACAAACCCAAUGUGGGCUAUCGCCUGGGAAAGAGGAAAGCCCUCUUCGAGAAGCGCAAACGGAUCAGCGAUUACGCCCUGGUCAUGGGCAUGUUCGGGAUCAUCGUGAUGGUUAUCGAAAACGAACUGAGCAGUGCCGGUGUCUACACAAAGGCAUCGUUCUACUCGACAGCGUUAAAAACCUUAAUAUCUGUUUCGACUGUGAUUCUUUUAGGACUUAUAGUAGCUUACCAUGCUUUGGAAGUGCAGUUAUUCAUGAUAGAUAACUGCGCCGACGAUUGGAGGAUCGCAAUGACAUGGCAACGAAUUAGUCAAAUAGGGUUAGAACUUUUUAUAUGCGCUAUACAUCCAAUUCCUGGCGAAUACUAUUUCCAGUGGACGACGAAAUUGGCCAAUAAGAAUAAAACAAUUGGCACCGAAAUGGUGCCAUAUGACGUAGCUUUAUCAUUACCUAUGUUCCUUCGAUUAUAUUUAAUCUGCCGCGUAAUGCUGCUGCAUUCAAAGCUAUUCACAGAUGCAUCAUCACGGAGCAUUGGCGCUCUCAAUAGGAUUAAUUUUAACACAAGAUUCGUUUUAAAAACUCUAAUGACAAUAUGCCCGGGAACGGUUCUAUUGGUUUUCAUGGUCUCGCUGUGGAUCAUCGCAUCCUGGACGCUGCGUCAAUGCGAAAGGUUCCACGAUGAGGAGCACGCGAAUUUGCUAAACUCCAUGUGGCUAACGGCCAUCACAUUUCUGUGUGUCGGCUACGGCGACAUUGUGCCAAACACGUACUGUGGACGCGGUAUCACCCUCACCUGCGGCAUGGUGGGCGCCGGCUGUACGGCUCUACUGGUGGCCGUCGUCUCCCGGAAACUGGAGCUGACCCGUGCCGAGAAGCAUGUGCACAACUUCAUGAUGGACACGCAGUUGACCAAACGGCUGAAAAAUGCUGCGGCGAAUGUUCUGCGUGAAACUUGGCUCAUUUACAAACAUACAAGACUAGUAAAACGGGUUAAUCCCGGCCGUGUAAGAACCCACCAAAGAAAGUUCCUUCUAGCUAUAUAUGCGUUGCGAAAAGUUAAAAUGGAUCAGCGCAAACUAAUGGAUAAUGCAAACACAAUAACUGACAUGGCCAAGACACAAAACACGGUCUACGAGAUAAUAUCGGACAUGUCUAGCCGUCAGGAUGCCAUCGAAGAGCGUCUAACCAACCUAGAGGACAAAAUGCAGAGCAUACAAGAGCACAUGGAAAGCCUUCCAGACCUAUUGUCUCGAUGUCUGACCCAGCACCAGGAGCGGAUCGAGCAGCGGCGGAACUUUUUACAUCCUGACACAGCUGCAGUUGCACCCAUUCAAGCGCCAACGCCCCAAUCGAUGUUCAAUGCAGCGCCCAUGCUGUUCCCCCAUUCUAGAAGUGUUCCCUCAUCCAAUAACGCCGCUGCUACUUACCAUUGGCCAACAAGCCCUAUUUUGCCACCUAUAUCUAGUAGAACACCACAUUUAGUGCCUGAUACUCACAUGCCAUCAAAUGGAUCUGCAGUUAAUAGCUACGCAUCUUCCAACAAAUACGGCAGCUGAA